UUGCUGAUUUACUUUUACUUUCCGUUUGAUUUUCACACCAGACUGGUGACCUGACAGGUGACGUUACAUUCUUGACAUUAUACGUUGACGUGACGCUCCGGCUGCUGCGGUGUAGCCCCGCCCCCUUGCCGUCAACAACUGGAUUCCAGCUAUUUGUAUUUUGGCCAACUAGCACUGCUAGCACUGCUAGCGAUGAUUCAUUGCGUUCGUAGAAAAACGACUCAGCCAAUGUGCACGGACGUUUAUUAAUUUUUGUUCGCUUUAAACACACUCCAUCGACAUCUUGUGCCGAUGUGCGGCCAAUGCAAGCUAAAGGACCGAGCGGAGCGGAGAGAUCGCCUUUCACACCGUCCUUUAGCCGCGCCUCUGAAACCAGCUAGCACUUUACGUUAGCUAGCUGGCUGACAGCUGCUUCGGUUAGCUACGUGCCUUUUAACAGUAACGUAGCAAAGAUUUAGUCGCUGGAACAAUGCAUUGUCUCUGACAUUGAGAGGACUGAGGCCCAGUUGGUUGUCACAUUGGAGUUACCAGAGCCCUGAACUAAGAAGGGGGGUCUUUACGGUGGUGCCAUCGAAGAUAAGUGGGUGAGCCAACUUGCCGAUGCACCCCUGGUUUUGACCUGCCAGAGCUGCCAAUAUGAUGCCGCCGUCACAGGAUUGACUGCGAUGAUGAGCCUCCAUGGACGUUUGUACCCUGUGGCACCAGCAGGCUAUCAGAGUCAAAGAGCCAGUCGAGCAGAGAGGGAGCCCUGCACCCGGGUCUCGCGUGACUCCAGCAGCCAAUGAGAACUUGGCAGAUCUAGAUGAUACUGACUGUGUAUCUCAGCGAUGGGGAACAGGCUGCAACCGAGGUGCCCAUCACCCCUGAGACAACGUGCCGAGAUGUCGUUGAGUUCUGCAAAGAGCCCGGCGAGAGCGGCUGCCACCUGGCCGAGGUCUGGAGAGGCAACGAGCGAGCGAUACCCUUCGAACACAUGAUGUAUGAACAUCUGCAGAAAUGGGGGCCUCGGAAACAAGAAGUCAAGUUCUUCCUCCGGCAUGAAGAUUCACCGAAUGAGAGCAGCGAUCAAGGGAGUCAGCAGUCUCAGGAUCAGACGAGUCGCAGAAGUGGAAACACUGGAGAGAAGCACAAUGAGAAUGGGGUGGGGAAUCAGCGCGUGGAGCUCACACUGUCUGAGCUGCAGGAGAUGGCGACACGGCAGCAGCAGCAAAUCGAGGCUCAGCAGCAGAUGCUCGUUGCAAAGGAGCAACGUUUGCGUUACCUGAAGCAGCAGGAGCGGCGUCAGCAGCAGACCGUUUCGGAGAGCGAGAAGCUACAGAGGCUGAAGGAGCGCGUAGAUAGCCAGGAGGCAAAGCUCAAGAAGAUUCGGGCGAUGAGAGGCCAGGUAGACUACAGCAAGGUCAUCAAUGGCAACCUGUCGGCAGAGAUUGAGCAAGUUAGCGGCCUGUUCCAAGAGAAGCAGGCGGAGCUCCAGUCUGCAGUGCUGAGGGUGGAGCAGCUCAGCCUGCAGCUGGAGGACCUGCGGAGGGGAAAGCUAAACGGCAUACAGACCGCCCUCAGCGGCCAAGUAACCGGUGCUGCAGCCCUUGAGCUCCGUAAACUCUACCAAGAGCUUCAGAUCCGGAACAAGUUGAACCAGGAUCAAAACAGCAAGCUGCAGCAACAGAAGGAGCUUCUUAACAAACGCAACAUGGAAGUGACGCUCAUGGACAAGCGCAUCAGCGAACUGCGGGAACGCCUCUACAAGAAAAAAGCUGAGGCACGUCAAAAAGAGAACCUUCCUCUGAACAGAGCCAACGGGCCUCCCUCUCCCCAGCCCGCUCCUGGUACUCUGGGCCGUGUUGCUGCUGUUGGGCCGUACAUCCAAGUCCCUGUAUCGGGCCGGCAGGAAGGAGGCUACACCAUGCCUCCUGAUCCACUGAAGCCUCAGACUCUGGGCGUUAAUAACCAAGCCAACCAUGGCCGCAACAAGCCAGCUAAUGACACUGGUUGGCCUACUGUAGGCAAGACCAACACAUCUCUAAAGCCUCCUGAGAGAAGAGACUCAGGGACCGAUACCCAGGGCAAGAGCCCUCCCUCAGGCUCCCCUGUCACUCCAAGUGCAGAAAAGGUGCUAGAUUCCAAAAUGGCUGUGUCCUCCCCUGCCAUAUCCAAGCCACAGCCGCCCCCCUAUGGCUCCCAUCUCACCUCCGCAAACUCUGCCAGCUCCUUGGAGCGCCGCAAGGACGCACCUCCUCCCCGUCCGCUACCAGCCCCGCCAGCUCCUGCUUGGCCCCGCGUACCCCCCUCCACAGGCUCGUCCUCACAGCAGAUACAGCAGCGAAUCUCAGUGCCGCCAAGCCCCACCUUUCAGCCUAAUGCACCACUUUUCCCCCCUGGGCUGAGUGAGCGUCUGGAUCCCCCACCAGCUGUGGCAGUGCGCCCCUUCAUCCCAGACAGAGGAUCGCGGCCUCAGUCGCCCCGAAAGGGCCCGCCUACCAUGAACUCCAGCUCCAUCUAUCACAUGUACCUCCAGCAGGCAGCGCCAAAGAGCCAGCCACUCAAGCCUGCUCUCAAAGCAGUAUAUGGGAAGCCGGUUCUCCCUCCCAGCUCAACACCCCCCUCGCCCCUUCCUUUCGUCCAGGCGGGAGGGGCCUUCCCAUUACUCCAAGGCCAACCCAGUGGCGAAGACACUUUUGAGGGAGAAUUUGAUGAGUUCUUCCAGGCCCCAGAGCCCUCAGCGCCUCCUCCCAGUGUGGAAAACAUCCCACGACCACUCAGCCCCACUAAGCUAACACCCAUGGUGCACUCCCCGCUGCGUUACCAAAGUGACGCUGAUCUUGAGGUGCUCCGUAAAAAGCUGGCCAACGCUCCGAGGCCGCUUAAGAAGCGCAGCUCCAUCACAGAACCAGAGGGCCCCAGUGGACCCAACAUCCAGAAACUGCUCUAUCAGAGGUUCAACACUCUAGCAGGAGGCAUAGAGGGAAACGGAGUCAGUGGAACAGGAGUUGGCAGCAGUGCAGGUAAUGGAACACCUUUUUAUCAGCCAGCUAAUCCUCCUGGAUAUCUGGGAGGCGACUCUGUGGCUGAUACAGACAAUGGCAACCUCCCAUCUGAGACGCCGCUACCGCCACCACCGGGGGCAGAGGAGCCGGGCUCUGAGGCUCUAGCUCCAUCUACUGACGCUAAUGACAACGAGCCGCUGCCCUUGCCGCCAGAAGGCCUGGGGGAUCCUGCUGAAGCAGAGGGGCCAGAGGAGGACGACGACAACAACAACAACGUGGGAAGCUCUGAGGCGUCACUGCCCAGCCCUGUCCCGGAGGUCACCACUCAAGAAGAAAGCGGCACGGCGGUAUCGCAGCCGCUGGAGAAGCGCACAAACCUGAAGAAGCCGAACUCUGAGCGCACAGGCCACGGCUUCAGGGUGAAGUUUAACCCUCUGGCCCUCCUGCUGGAUGCCUCACUGGAGGGAGAGUUUGACCUUGUCCAGAGGAUCAUCUAUGAGGUAUGUCGCGACUGUGUGGAGAAUCCUAGCACCCCUAAUGAUGAGGGCAUCACACCCCUGCACAAUGCAGUGUGCGCAGGACAUCACCACAUAGUCAAGUUCCUUCUGGAUUUUGGUGUGAACGUCAACGCUGCAGACAGUGAUGGAUGGACUCCGCUUCACUGUGCCGCCUCCUGCAACAGUGUCCAUCUCUGCAAGUUGUUGGUUGAGUCGGGGGCUGCCAUCUUUGCCAGCACCAUUAGUGAUGUGGAGACUGCUGCGGACAAAUGCGAAGAAAUGGAAGAGGGCUACAUCCAGUGCUCCCAGUUUCUAUACAGCGUUCAGGAGAAGCUGGGUGUGAUGAACAAGGGGACGGUGUACGCACUGUGGGAUUACAAAGCUCAGAAUCCGGAUGAGCUGGCGUUCAGCGAGGGGGACGCCAUCACUGUUCUCCGACGACAGGACGACAGUGAAACGGAGUGGUGGUGGGCGCGACUUGAGGACAACGAGGGCUACGUGCCCCGCAACCUGCUGGGGCUCUAUCCUAGGAUCAAGCCUCGUCAGCGCUCCCUAGCGUAGUGUCUCACUCCGUUGACCUCUAACAGCUGGACUUGUGACAAAACCAAGAGCAGAGAACAAAGGAGCCUGGCGCUCCGUCUUCUCCCCUGUGGCCAUAACCUCCCCCGGCCUUGUGCUUCUCACAAAAUCCUUUUUUUUUUUUUUCUGAAGCAGUGGGCACCGAACUGCGACACACAUAUUUAUAUCUGCACACACGUAGACUCACUCACUCACACACACUCAAUUAAACACAAGCACUCCAAAAUCUCUUAAACCACUCCAUCCUGACACCCCCAUCACCACCACCUUUGUUCAACCUACUGCUCUGUCAUUGUCCCAACUUGAUUUUACCCAGAUUCAGUGUCUGCUCUGUAUCAGACAUCAACUAAAGAAUAAAACACUAACCCUUGUCUCAGUAUUAUAAUUACAGUGUUCACACUUCAUUUUCAUCUCCCUAAUGAGCUCUAUAGUGGCACUGCAGUAAAUGGUGACUGGAAAAUCAUCUCUAAGGGUGAGAAAGUGCUGAUUUAUGUUAGUGAAAUGUAAUUUCAGUUCUAAGACAUUACUUGGGCUGUUAUGCCAAUUUGAUCUCCUUUCACAAAGAAACACUAACACAGAAAAAUGUGCUCUUGUUUGAUUUUGCUGUAGUCCAACCACCAAAGAUGAAAAUAGAUUUAACUCUUUUAAUUCUGUUACUCCCUAAAACCUUGCAGAAUUUUUAAGAAGAUCUUUAAGUGAGAUAAUCUAUUGGGUUGCUGCUAUCACUAAUGAUUAACAGCUCCCACCAUUAAAAGUCCUUCUAGAUAUUGUCAUGGUAUUAAGUCCUCAGUAUUAACUACACAGGCCAGUCAGAACAAAUCCGUGUUGAAGCAAAGAUGUAUAUAGAUUGACAGCUCAUGUCGUCAUGAAUCGCUUGUCAAGAACAUUGUUGCAAGACAUUUUUAUUCAUUCACUGUCAUCUGUUCAGAAUCUGGAUGCAAGGCUAAUGUGGACCUGUAGCAACAGCAUCAAUAACCUGUAACCAAGUACCAAAUUUUUUUCUGUAAUGUGAGAUCCCAAGACGUAUCAAGCUCUGUUCAAAUGAACAUUUAAAAUAUUUACUCAGAGUUUGUAUUUUUGCUAGUCUGAUUAUCCCUGAAAUGAACAGCUUGUUUGCUGCUAUAUUUUCACGGAAAUGGGUAAAGAACAGUGUUUUGCUUUACCGAAAAAGGUUGCCAAAUUGAGAAGUGCAACAUCUGUAGAGUGUGUAUAAAAGUUAUACAUGCAAAAGAUCUCUGGAAGAAAGUAUUGCAGGAAUAAGGAAAAUGGUAAAUGGUAGUUUUAUAGUUUUUAAUUCCACAGUGGGGAGGCAGGAAAGAAUCUGCUACACAGAGACAAAGAUGUCAAUUUUGCCAUAUACUUUAAUAUUGAAUAAGUAAUUUACAUUCUGUAUAGUGAUUCUAAUUAAUCCAGACAUUUAGAAAAAGUUGGACCUCACUUCAGAGAGCCACUUUUUCUGACUUCUAGCACUUGUAAUUUAACUUGACAAGACCUGCAAGCAGUAUCUCUAUGUGAAAAGUAAAUUAAAAGUAUUGAAUCCAGACACUGCACAUCACUGAAAUCAUCAGCCAGACCAUCAUGCCCCCAACUUGACAAAGUUAACACUCAAUUUUAAUAACCUUUUUUUCUACUUGCUUCAAAGUAGGUCUGUGGUCAUCUUACCAUUGCAGUUGUUUUUCUGUGGCUUUGACAAACCCCACUUGAAACACUUAAUCUCAGGACCAACAUGGUGCUGCUGACACUGUUCCACCACUAAACUAGUGAUCAUCGUUCUAUUUUCAUUCUCAAAAAACAUCACCUUUGUUUGAGCAGCAAACAAAACAAAAGAGAAAGUCCAAAUUUACAGGACAGCCAUGGGCAUAAAUUAUUAAUAGAUGAAGAGACCGUUAUUGUGGCUGAACUAUAAAUGAGAAAUUCAGACUUUAAAUUCGCUUGAGACAAUCCUGAAUUUGCCCAGGUCUCUUCCUCCAGCUGCCCCCUUUCAGGUACACCAUUCCAGUAACACUAUCAUACAUUUGUUAUCUGUCACAUCAUUGAACACCUAGAGUCCAUCAACUUGUUCUGAACCUUGAGUGACUGAGUGUUAUGCCAAGUGUGCUAGUGGCCCAGGCUUUAUCAUGAUUUAACCUGUACAUAGUGUGAGGAGAUGUGUAAUAUGUCUGUUUGCUGUAUGGACAAGUGGGCUUUCUGUAUAAACGCUGUACUCACACAUUCAACUCUGUAAAUGUCAACAAUAAAACAGAAGCUCUGGCAUGA